AUGGGAAAUAAAAUAAAGUUAAGAGAUUACACUAUUCCGGCAAUCGAAGAAAGGAUUAAAGACUUAGUAAAAAGACGAGUAAAUCGUCCAGAUGGUAUACCGGCAGAACGUGCUAAAGAAAAACUGUUUAAAUACAAGGAAUACCGUAAAGAGCGACAAGAUUCUCUCGGUACAGUACAUCGUCACGUAUUAGAAGUCGUUGCUUUUAUUUUGGAUACAGAUGUUACUGUUUUGGAGGAUGGGCUCGUUGAUAAAGACGAGUAUCUACAGAUAUUCACAAGUUUUUUUGCUAAAGGCGGACGUCAAGCUCUAAUAAUUCAUUAUCAACCCAUGACACCACCACCUUUUGGUAUAAAGUACCGCGAAACGUAUUACGCUUACAUGGAAGUUGAAGGCAAGUUUAGUGGCGCAUUGAGUAGUAUCUCAGGUCUUAUUUCCCGAUUGAACGCGCCGGCAAUAGAGAUUAAUAAACAGUGGGGUGAUCUACUGAGGAAUCAAGUAGGAACGAAGAUUAAGGACAAUUUCAUUGGCGACUUUAAGGAUUUUUGUCAAUUUAUACAAACGACGAAUGCUGAUCUAGAGAGUGUUCUGAAGUUCAAUGAAUAUCAAGACGUUUUUGAAAAAUAUGCAUCAAGUAUGGAAAAUGUGAUCGAGAGUGCGAAGAAUUAUGACGCGAUUAUUUUAGUCGAAGAAUGUGUUCGUGUUUGGAUGAAACAAAUGGAACGGGCACUUGUUGAGAGCCAACAACUACGUCGUGAAACGGAGGAUGUCGGACCAACCGCUGAGCUUGUCUACUGGCGAGGAAUUCUCACACGUUUUUCUUACAUCGUUGACCACAUAAAACGAGCAGAGACACAGAUGUUCAUAGCACUAUUAGUUAGAGCCAAGUCUAAGCUUGUUAAAAAGUGGAAAAAGCUUGAUGAUGAUAUUACGAUGAUCGAACUACUGGCUCGAGAUAACGUUAAAUAUUUAUACGCAAUUGAGAAAUAUACCCGUCCGUUAUAUUUAUUAGAUCCUACUAAAAUUGGUCAGCAUUUACCUGCAUUGAUGCAUUCGAUUCGUAUGGUCUAUACUACAUCACGUUUUUUUAAUACUCAGAGAAUGAUGACUGCGUUAUUUGUCAAGAUAACCAAUCAAAUGAUUUUAAAUUGCAAAUCGUACAUAACUAAAAAUGAAACACUUGACAUUUGGCGAGACGAAAAACCAUCAGUCAUAUCACGGAUGAAAGAUUGCAUAAAUUUAUACCAUCAAUAUUACGAGUCUUACAAAGUUAUGUUGAAGAAUAUUGAAGAGGCUGACGAACGGCUGAUCGAAGUAUCAGAAAUGUAUGUUUUUGGAAAGUUUGAUAAAUUUAAGACACGUUUAAAUAAACUCAUCGAUGUCCUAGAGACAAAUAUAAGUCAUUCGGUACUUGAAAGCUCGACAAUUGAGGGUAUCGAUAACUUUGAAAAAAAAUUAACGUCAUAUUUUAAUAAAAUAGUGACACAAAGUUACAAUCCGUUGGAUCACCGAAAGCCAUUUUUUGAUAUCGACUACGAGGAAUUUAAGAAAAAUGUCAGUGAGACCGAGUUUGAAAUGAGAGUUUUCUUUUUCAAAACAGUUUCACUUGCUCCGAAUAUCGAUGAGGCUUUGCGAUUGGUUCUUAGGUUUGAAAAGCUAAAGUUCGAGCGGGAGUUGUGGAUCGAUCGCAAGUACCUGGAGCUUGUGACAAUGUACCAAAAGGAAGUCGAAGCAAUACGAGACAGAUACAACGAAGACAGAUCCUCACCACCUUUACCUAGAAAUGUACCACCUGUUGCUGGUAGAAUUUUAUGGAUUAGACAGUUAUACAGACGUAUUGAAAUACCUAUGGAUAUAUUUAGAAAACGAGACAAAGUAAUAACGCAUGAGAGGAUGCAAAAGUGUAUUAAAAUUUAUAAUUCACUUGUUCGUGUUUUUGUUCAUUACGAAAUUAUUUACCACAAAGCUUGGUUUGAUUCUGCUGAAGUUGUUCGCUUGGCAUUAACGUCACCCCUACUGAUCCGUGAUCCGCAAACAUAUAAAUAUAUAAUAAAUUUCGAUCCAUACAUACGUGAAGUAAUAAGAGAAGCUGAAUACAUGUCACGUUUGAAUUUAAAAAUACCCGAGUUCACACGCAUAAUAACGUUCUGUAAAGAAAAAAUUUACUUAUCAUACGAAGAAAUAAAAAAUCUCAUUGAAAUAAAUAACCGGAUACGCGAGUCAGUGCCCCAAUUAUUCAAAAAUUUAAUGACCGGUGUAUUUAAUAAAUUGGAGAAAUUAUUUAAGCCGUGUCUCUCAGUAGUGACAUGGACGUCACUAAAAAUUCCCGAAGUAUGCCAAGAAAUAAGUGCAGUAGUACAAGACAUUGAAGAAUUUGUUAACAAAGUUUGCGCCACGAAAGAAGUUAGGAUUGAAAAUAUAAUAGAAAUUAUCUCCGACACUAAAUUGAUAAAUUUAAAUGACUCGCCUGUCAGUCCUGCUGAAUUUUCACAAGAUAAUUUAAUAUACGCACAGACAGUUGCUAGAGAUUUAGAAAUAAAGUCAACGGCUGUUGAAACUGCUCUUAUUAUGAUAAUAAAUAAGUGCCUUGACUUUAUAAAUCUAGAGGAAAAUGGAGAUGGAGAUAUUAAUAAUGAUAAAUAUCGUUGGUUAGAUCCUGACCGAGUUAAACGUGAAAUCGGAUCACAAUCACGCAUUACACGUCCGUCUAUUGACACUGACCGUAAACCAUCAGCUGAUGAUGACUAUAUCGAUCCUAAAAUUUACUUAAAUAGAAUUUAUAACUAUUCCAUGGAAUUAUUUACGUAUUUUAAUAAUAAACUUAUUGAGGCACUUGUCAAUUGCACGAAGCGAUCUUUGGAACUGUUGAAGAAGCGUAUCGGUACCAGUAUUAAAGCUGGAGGAAAUCCGCUACUGCUGACUCAGUUUAUUUUACAAAUACCGAGCAUUGUUGUGAUACCCAGUGUCGAGGAGCUCAAUAAUCAUGUGCAAUUGGUUGUAAAAAAUUUAAUUCAAGUGCAUGAUUGCAUUAUUAUGUGGGGACAAAGAUAUUCGAGAGUUAAAGAAUUUAAAAAUACCCCGGAUGACGAAGAAAAUAAAUCAUUACGAACUUAUCAUGAAAUAAUAUCAGAACAUAAAGAAAUAAUUCGCAGUACAAUGAGUUUUCAAGCGAAAGAUCGCAAUACAGAACUAACAAAUUUUGUUGAUUCUGAUCCCGACACUUAUAAAAUUCGUGAAAAAUUCAUUAUGUACGAGAAUUUAAUUACUGAAAUAAAUAGCAUACCAUCGCGACAUCUUGUCGGUCCAGUUGAAAUAAAUAUGGAAAAAUUAAAACUCGGCUUACUAGUCGAAGUUGAGAAUUGGAAGUUAAAUUUCGGUACAAUAUUGGCGGGAAAAUAUAAAACAAAAUUAACAACAAUAGUAAAUUAUAUCGAAGACAAAAAAAAAAUAUUGUCACAUACGAUUGCCGAUUUGGAAGACGUGAGAUUGGCGAUGCGAUGUUUGGAUGCGAUACGUAAUGAUUUUAUCGAUCUAGACUGUCAGUUGAUAAUGAUAGAGGAAACUUAUACUCUGAUGAAUGAAUUUAAUAUAACAGUAUGUAAAGAUGACCAAAAUAUAGUAGAUGGUUUACGUUAUAGUUUUACAAAUAUGUUGGAAAAAGCUAAACAAGUUCAAGGAAAAAUUUGUGAUAUCCAAGAGCCACUCAAGACAGAAUUAAUCGAAGGAGUUCGAGUUUUACGGAGCGAUGUUGAAAAUUUUGACUUAGAAUUCGAGUUCCAUGGACCUUUGGAGGAAGGAAUUCCCGCUAAAGAAGCUAGUGAACGAUUGUUACUUGCUCAAGCACGUUACGACGAAUUAUAUGAACGAUACCAAACAUACAGUAGCGGAGAAUCACUUUUCGGUUUAGAAAUAACCAGCUAUCCGUCUCUGGAAAAACGAAAGAAAGAAAUGAAUUUGCUACAAAAAUUAUACGGGCUCUAUUCCCAAGUAAUGAGGACCAUUGACGGCUAUUAUGAAAUUUUGUGGUCGGAAAUUGAUAUCGAUAGUAUAAUUGCUGAGCUUGCGGACUUACAGAACAAAUGCCGUAAAUUACCUAAAGGUAUGCGCGAUUGGCCAGCGUACAUUGAUUUGCGUAAAAAAAUAGAGGACUUUAAUGAAACAUGUCCAUUACUCGAAUUGAUGGCAAAUAAAGCCGUGAAGGAACGUCAUUGGGAGCGUCUAUCAAAGCUGUGUAAUUAUUUAUUUGACAUCGAGUCGGACAAUUUUACAUUAGCUAAUGUAAUGCAAGCGCCCUUGCUUAAAUACAAGGAUGAUGUUGAGGAUAUUUGUAUUAGUGCUGUAAAGGAAAUGGAUAUUGAGAGCAAACUUAAGCAAGUGAUUGCCGAUUGGUCGGUUAUUGAUUUACAGUUUGCGAUGUUCAAACAAAGGGGAGAAUUAUUGUUGAAGGGCACUGAGACUACCGAGAUAAUUAGUCAGCUGGAAGACAGCUUGAUGGUUAUCAGCUCUCUCAUGGCCAACAGGUAUAACACGUAUUACAAAAAAGACAUACAGUUGUGGCAAAAUAAAUUGAGCAAUACGUCUGAAAUAUUGGCCAAGUGGUUAACGGUACAGAAUUUGUGGGCGUACUUAGAAGCAGUUUUUAUCGGCGGUGAUAUUGCUAAGCAGCUUCCGGGUGAAGCUAAGCGGUUUAAUAAUAUUGACAAAGCGUGGGUGAAGCUAAUGUACCGAGCCCGCGAGAAAGUUAACGCAGUUGAAACCUGCACCGGUGAUGAAACGAUGAGUCAAUUUCUGCCUCACUUACUCGAGCAAUUAGAGUCAUGUCAAAAAUCACUCAGCGGAUAUUUAGAAACAAAACGCGUCGCCUUUCCCAGAUUUUGUUUCGUUUCGGACCCAACUCUGCUUGAGAUCCUCGGUCAGGCUGCUGACAGUCACGCAAUUCAAAAUUAUCUCGACGGUUUCUUCGAUAACAUCGCAAAGCUAGACUUUUCAGACACCGAAUAUGAUAAAAUAACCGCGAUGUAUUCUCACGAAGAUGAAAAAAUUUUGUUGGAACAAGAAGUACUUUGUACAGGAGGAGUCGAAAAUUGGCUGAAUGUUCUUUUGAAAAUGCAUCAACAGUCCGUAGGUGCUGUGAUAUCACAAGGCCUUCAACUGUUGUCACAUCCUGAUACAGUUAUUUUGACUCUUAUAGAUGAGUCUAUUCUCCAAGUCGCUUUAUUAGCACUUCAAACCCUUUGGACUCGUGAUUCCGAGAUAGCAAUUAUGACAUCCCGACGUGAUAAAAUGAUAAUGAAGAAAACAAAUCAAUGGUUUUUGGAUUUACUUAAUGGGCUUAUUGAAGUAACGGUUAAAGAUCUUACUCAAUAUCAACGAGCUAAGUACGAAGCACUCAUUACUAUUCAUGUUCAUCAAAGAGACAUUUUCGACGAGCUCUGUAAAAGUAAAAUCCGUAGUAUUCAAGACUUUGAAUGGCUAAAACAAGCGAGAUUUUAUUACAACAACGAAACUGAAGACGUUGUUAUAAAAAUAACAGAUGUUAAUUUUAUUUAUCAGAACGAAUUUCUUGGUUGUACUGAUCGUCUUGUCAUUACGCCACUGACAGAUAGAUGUUAUAUUACACUAGCACAGGCUGUUGGAAUGAACUUUGGAGGUGCUCCAGCUGGACCCGCUGGAACUGGCAAAACAGAAACAACUAAAGACAUGGGAAAAGCUCUUGGGAAAUACGUCAUCGUGUUCAACUGCUCUGAUCAAAUGGAUUUCCGGGGUCUUGGUAGAAUAUUCAAGGUCUUAAAUGUUUUAUUAUUAUCGUAUAUCAAUUGUCUAUUUUAUAAUUAACUUUCAACAUUAAUACAGGGUCUUGCUCAAGCGGGAGCUUGGGGAUGUUUUGAUGAAUUUAAUCGUAUCGAUUUGCCUGUACUUUCUGUUGCGGCACAACAAAUAGCUAUUGUACUAACUGCGCGCAAAGAAAAACGUACAAGUUUUAUGUUCAGUGACGGUGAAACUUAUAAUAUCGAUUAUGAAUUUGGUAUUUUCAUAACAAUGAAUCCUGGAUAUGCUGGAAGACAAGAACUGCCGGAAAAUUUGAAAACACAAUUCCGUAGUGUUGCUAUGAUGGUACCGGACAGGCAAAUCAUUAUACGAGUAAAAUUAGCAGCAUGUGGAUUUAAAGAAAAUAUUGUACUUUCCCGUAAAUUUUUCACAUUAUACGCAUUGUGUGAAGAACAACUGAGUAAACAAGUGCACUAUGAUUUCGGAUUGAGAAAUAUAUUAUCAUGUCUACGAACUCUUGGUGCCCAGAAACGCGCCCAUCCCGGCGAAUCCGAAGAAACAACACUCAUGCGAGUCCUUCGCGCAAUGAAUUUAUCAAAACUAGUUGACGAAGAUGAGCCAUUAUUUUUAUCACUUAUUGAAGACAUGUUCCCGGGAAUAAAAUUAACAACACAAACGUACAAAGAACUACAAAAUGGAAUAACGAGCGCUGUAGAGUCGCUUGGAAUCGUGAAUAAUCCUGAGUGGAAUUUAAAAGUUAUCCAACUUUAUGAGACAUCUCUAGUGCGCCACGGUCUGAUGGUACUUGGUCCCACGGGAUCCGGAAAGACGCGUUGUAUGUGGGCAUUAAUGAGAGCUUUGAGUUUGAUGGGAAAACCUCAUAAAGAGAUUCGUAUGAAUCCAAAAGCCAUUACUGCGCCGCAAAUGUUUGGUAGACUUGAUGUUGCAACUAAUGACUGGACUGACGGCAUAUUUUCGACACUUUGGCGCCGGACAAUGGCUAUAAAGAAGACAGAAUAUGUAUGGCUGGUACUAGAUGGACCAGUAGACGCAGUAUGGAUAGAAAAUCUGAAUUCUGUUCUUGAUGAUAAUAAAACACUGACACUCGCUAAUGGCGAUCGUAUUAUAAUGGCGUCAAAUAGUAAACUCGUGUUUGAACCAGACAAUAUUGACAAUGCAUCGCCGGCGACUGUUUCGCGAAUGGGGAUGGUCUUUAUCAGCGCUUCUGUGUUAAAAUGGUUACCGAUACUCGAGGGUUGGCUGAAGACCAGACCAAGCCAUCAAGCGGAAAUACUGCGAGGACUUUUCCAUAAAAUAUAUGACGACGCUCAUACAUUUGUACAGACCAAGCUCCUUGCUAAGAUGACGCUUCUGGAGUCUCUUUACAUCAGACAGUCUAUCGAUUUGCUGACAGGACUCUUGCUUCAGGAUGAUACUAACAAAUAUCAAGAUUUCCAUAUCGAAAAACUAUUUCUUUUCUCACUUCUAUGGAGUCUUGGCGCCGUUCUCGAGUUAGACACACGAGCUGCUUUACAAGAAUUCUUGUUAAGUCAUCCGUCGAAAUGCGACUGGCCGAAACUCUCACCAGAGGAAACACUGUACGAGUACCUAGUUUCGGAUAAAGGCGAAUGGAUACAUUGGAGCCAGAUGGUACCUGACUUCGUAUAUCCACCGGAGCGUGUGCUAGAGUAUUACAGGAUAUUGGUUCCAAAUGUGGAUAACACGAGGACUCUGUUUCUGAUAGACGUAAUUGCGCGGCAAGGAAAAGCCGUUUUGCUCAUUGGUGAACAGGGAACUGGAAAAACAGUCAUGAUAAAAAGUUACAUGUCUAAAUACGAUCCCGAGUAUCAUUUAAAUAAAUCAUUUAAUUUUUCAUCUGCAUCAACGCCGAACAUGGUCCAGAGAGUAUUCGAAAGUUACGUAGAAAAACGAGUUGGUACGACGUACGGACCAGCUGGUGGAAAGAAAAUGACAGUUUUUAUUGAUGAUAUUAAUAUGCCGGCGAUUAAUGAAUGGGGUGAUCAAAUAACAAAUGAAAUAGUGCGUCAAUUAAUGGAAUACUCGGGUUUUUAUUCGUUGGAUAAACCCGGUGAUUUUAAUUUCAUACAAGACAUACAAUUAUUAGCAGCAAUGAUACACCCUGGCGGGGGCAGAAAUGACAUCCCUCCUCGUUUAAAACGACAGUUUAAUAUUUUUAACUGCACGUUACCAUCUGAUAGAUCAAUGGACACGAUAUUUAGUGCUAUUGGUUGCGGUUAUUUCAGCGAAUCAAGAUUCAAUAAUGAAAUUGUUAAUUUUUUACCGAAAUUAGUACCGCUGACACGUAUUAUUUGGCAACAGACUAAAGCUAAAAUGUUACCAACCCCAGCCAAAUUUCACUAUGUAUUUAAUUUACGUGAUUUGUCACGUAUUUGGGAAGGGAUUCUUCGAAUCGAGAGAGACGAAUGCAAAACACCGGGAACUUUGCUUAAGCUCUGGGAUCACGAAUGCACUCGUGUUAUUUCAGACAGAUUUGUAAAUGCCGACGAUAGAAAUUGGUUUAAAAAAUGCUUACGUGAAACGGGUGAAAAAUAUUUAGGAGAUGAUUUCAAAUAUUAUGAAGCUAUUGAUGGGUAUUUCGUUGACUUUUUACGCGAACCUCCUGAACCGACGGGUGAUGAGCCAGAUGAUUUUAUUUUUGAAGCACCGAAAGUUUACGAACAAGUUCUGAGUUAUGAAGCUGUAAUAUCAAAAGUGCAUGAAAAUAUGGCUCAAUUUAAUGAAAGCAUUCGCGGUAUGAACCUAGAUUUGGUAUUCUUUAACGACGCUUUGGUUCAUUUAAUGAGAAUUUCACGAAUUCUUGGAGUGUCAAGGGGCAAUGCGAUGCUAGUUGGUGUUGGCGGAUCUGGUAAACAGAGUUUAACAAGAUUAGCCUCUUUUAUUGCUGGUUAUAAUUUUUUUCAAAUUGUUUUAACGAGAAUUUAUAACGUCGCAAGUUUGAUGGAUGACAUAAGAAAACUUUACCGUGAAGCCGGUACCGGAAAUAAAGGAAUAACAUUUAUUUUUACUGACAACGAGAUUAAGGAUGAAUCAUUUCUUGAAUACAUAAAUAACGUAUUAAGUGUCGGAGAAAUAGCAAAUUUAUUUACUAAAGACGAGCUUGAUGAUAUAACGACAAGUGUAAUUCCAUUGAUGAAAAAAGAUGAUCCUAAAUGUCCGCCGACCCAAGACAAUCUUUACAACUAUUUCAUAACACGUGCGAGAAAUAAUCUCCACAUUGUUUUAUGUUUUUCACCGGUGGGCGAAAAAUUUCGUUCGCGAUCAUUAAAAUUUCCCGCAUUGAUAUCUGGUUGCACAAUGAAUUGGUUUAGCAGAUGGCCUAGAGAUGCACUUUGUGCAGUCAGCAAUCACUUUUUAAAAAAUUUUGAUAUUGUAUGUGGAAAUGAUAUCAAAGAGCAAUUGAUUGAAACGAUGGGCGAAGUACACGAUAAUAUUAGUGAGACUUGUAAUGAUUAUUAUGACAGAUAUCGCAGACGUAUUUACGUCACGCCGAAAUCAUUUUUGUCAUUUAUCAAUGGGUAUAAAGAAAUUUAUAAGCAACGUCUAGACGAAAUCAAUAACCUCGCAUUCCGUAUGAGCAACGGUUUGAGUAAACUUGUGGAUGCUGCUGCUCAAGUAGACGAGUUACGAAAAGUUUUGGUUAAGAAUCAGGCUGAAAUUGCUGUAAAGAAUGUCCAAGUUGAGAAGAUUCUUGCUACUGUUGAAGAAAAAAAGAAAGAUGCUGAAUCAAUAAAAGAAACAGUACUAAAAUCAAAAGAUGAAGCAGAAACAUUAUUAAAAAUAAUAUCUAAGGAAAAAGCUAUUGCUGAAGACAAGUUAAAAGCCGCUGAGCCAGCGUUACUUGAAGCCGAAUCUGCACUUCAAACAAUAAAAGCCGCGGAUAUUUCGACAGUUCGAAAACUUGGCAAGCCACCGUAUCUUAUCACACUGAUUAUGGAUUGCGUAUUAAUAUUAUUUGGCCGUAAAUUGGAACCUGUAAAACUGGAUCCUGAUCAUCAAUUUUUAACCCCUUCGUGGUCGGAGGCAUUAAAAGUAUUGGCUGACACGCGUUUUUUGUACCACUUGCGUGAUUUUCCAAAAGAUAACAUAAAUGGUGAAAUAAUCGAUUUAAUGAGACCGUACUUAAGCUAUCCGUUGUAUAAUUACGAAGCCGCUAAACAGGCUUGUGGUAAUGUUGCGGGUCUUUUACAAUGGACUAUUGCCAUGACAGAGUUUUAUAAAGUUAACAAAGACGUGUUGCCAUUAAAAGCCAAUUUAGCUGUUCAACAAAGUAAACAUGAGAAAGCUAAUAAGAACUUAGUUGCAGCACAACAAGUUUUAGCGGCUAAAGAUGAAGCUUUGAAAGUUGUUCAAGAUGAAUUUGACGCCGUAAUGACCGAGUAUCAGAAAGUUGUUGAUUUGGCAAAUGCGUGUCAAUCAAAAAUGGACACUGCGACGGCAUUGAUAGAGGGAUUGUCAGGUGAACGUGUACGUUGGACAAAUCAAUUGUCAACAUUUAAAUCCGAAACAGAACGACUGAUCGGUGAUGCGUUGAUACUAACUGGAUUUUUAUCUUACUGCGGACCAUUUAAUCAAGAAUUUCGUAUAUUUAUACAAAAGCGGUGGUUCAAUUUAUUGAGAACAAGAAAAAUUCCGGUGUCUGCAGAUGUCAACGUUGUUGAUUCACUGUCAGAUACAGCAAUGACAGGAGAAUGGAAUUUACAAGGGCUGCCAAAUGACGAAUUAUCAAUACAAAAUGGUAUUAUUGUAACACAAGCUACGAGAUAUCCAUUAUUGAUCGACCCACAGCUGCAAGGAAAAGCUUGGAUUAAAAAUAAAGAGCAAGAAUUCAAUUUGCAAACUACGUUACUUAAUCAUAAAUAUUUUAGAAAUUAUUUAGAAGACUGUGUAUCUAUCGGACGGCCUUUAUUGAUCGAAGAUGUUGCUGAAGAAUUAGAUCCGGUGCUCGAUAAUUUGUUGGAAAAAAAUUUUAUCAAAAUUGGCAACUCGUGGAAAGUUAAAUUAGGCGACAAAGAAGUUGAUCUUAACAAUCAAUUUCGGUUAUAUAUCACAACUAAAUUGCCUAAUCCGUCUUAUACACCUGAGAUAUUUGCCAAGACGUCAAUUAUUGACUUCACUGUUACUAUGAAAGGCUUGGAGGAUCAGCUUCUCGGGCGAGUUAUAAUGACCGAAAAACGUGAAUUAGAGACAGAGAGAAUGCAAUUAAUCACUGACGUCACCACGAACAAGAGGAAGAUUAAGGAGUUGGAGGCAAACCUUCUACACAAGCUGACAACAGUUCAAGGUUCCUUGAUCGAAGAUGUUGAGUUGAUGUCAGUACUUAAUACAACAAGAAAAACAGCAUCUGAUGUGACUAGAAAGCUUAACAUUGCACGAAAUACAGAGAUAGAAAUAAAUGCGGCGAGAGAAGAAUUUCGACCAGUAGCUACACGAGGCAGUGUGCUUUACUUUUUGAUAUGUGACAUGGCUUACGUGAACAGCAUGUAUCAGACUUCGCUUGUACAAUUUUUAGAACGAUUCGAUAUCUCUUUGACACGAUCGGAAAAAACCCCCAUCAAUACCAGACGUAUUAAUAACAUAAUCGAAUACCUGACCUACGAAGUAUUUAAAUACAAAGCACGUGGAUUGUAUGAAAAUCACAAGUACAUGUUUGUAUUAUUGAUGACACUGAAAAUAGAUUUACAACGUAGCGCAAUAAGUCAUCAAGAGUUUGAGUAUUUAAUAAAAGGCGGUGCGGCGUUGGACCUCAAUACCGUUAAACCAAAACCGUUUAAAUGGAUAACCGACAUGACGUGGCUGAAUUUAAUUGCACUGUCAUCAUUACAUCAGUUUCAGUAUGUUGUUAAAGUGGUCGAAGCUUCUGAAAAGACUUGGAAGUAUUGGUACGACCGCGAAGCGCCAGAAGAAGAAAUAAUUCCUGACGGCUAUAAUACUUUGGAUCCAUUCCGUCGUCUUCUUUUAAUACGAGCAUGGUGUAUCGACCGAACCCUAUCGCAAUCUCGAAAGUAUAUCGGCAGUUCGCUCGGGGCUAAAUACGCAGAACCUGUGAUAACGCUGUUGGAUGUCAUGCAUGCAGAGUCGAGACCAAAUACUCCCAUGGUAUGCUUUCUCAGCAUGGGUUCAGAUCCUACGCCGAGUAUUCAUCAGUUGGCGAAAAAAAUUGAAGUAUCUUGCAGAAGUAUUUCAAUGGGUCAGGGUCAAGAAGUUCAUGCUCGUCGAUUGCUUCAGAGUGCUAAGACUGAAGGAUACUGGGCGUUGCUGCAAAAUUGUCAUCUCGGACUGGAUUACAUGAAUGAAUUAAUUGAUUUUAUAUUAGAAAUGGAAUUACCACAUGAAAAUUUCCGUAUUUGGAUCACAACUGAGCCACACAAUGAUUUUCCAAUUUCUCUGCUCCAGAUGUCUAUUAAAUUCACAUACGAGCCACCUCAGGGUAUACGAGCUGGUUUACUUGCGACCUACAGUAGUAUGAAUCAAGACAUGUUGGAUCAAUGUGACGCUGCUCAGUAUAUUCCACUUGUCUACACAAUCUCUUUUUUACAUACGAUAGUUCAAGAGAGAAGAAAGUACGGUCCCCUUGGUUGGAACAUUCCCUACGAGUUUAAUUCUGCUGAUUGGCUCGCCUCCUGUAUGUUCAUAAAUAAUCAUUUGAAUGAUUAUGAUCCAAAGCGGGGAAUCAGUUGGCAGACUAUUAGAUAUAUGAUCGGAGAAGUUCAAUACGGUGGUAGAGUCACUGAUGACUAUGACAAACGUCUUUUAAAUACAUUCACCAAAGUCUGGUUCACAGAAUCAUUAUUCACUGAGAAUUUCUUAUUUCACACUGGCUAUGGUGUUUUGAAUUUUAAACAAGUUAGUGAUUACUUGACAGCUAUCAACGAAAUGGAAUCUAUUGAUCCACCUCAAGUAUACGGACUUCAUCGUAACGCUGACAUAACAUAUCAGAGUCGUACGACACAAGAGAUAUUGGAUGUAAUAAUAUCAGUACAGCCGAAGGAAUCGAGUGGAGUUGGGGCGAGUGAAACUCGAGAAAUGAUUGUCAGUAGACAAGCUAAAGAUAUGUUAAAUAAAUUACCGGCAACUUACGAUCCAUUUGAAGUAAAAGCUCGUCUACAGAUCAUGGGGAUCACACAACCGAUGAAUAUAUUUCUCAAACAGGAAAUUGAUCGCAUGCAAGUGGUUAUCAAACUCGUACGCUCAAUGCUCAAGGAUUUACUGCUUGCUAUUGAUGGUGUUAUUAUCAUGAAUGAACAAUUAAAGGACGCUCUGGAUAACAUUUACGACGCACGAAUCCCCAAAGUUUGGCGUUUACGUUCUUGGGAAUCGUCGACUCUCGGGUUUUGGUUUACGGAGUUACUCGAGAGGAAUCAGCAAUUCUCAAAUUGGAUUUUCCACUCUCGUCCACCAAAGUUCUGGAUGACAGGUUUCUUUAAUCCACAAGGAUUCUUAACCGCGAUGCGACAAGAGGUAACACGAGCACACAAAGGUUGGGCUCUUGACAACGUCACCCUUCACAAUGAAGUCAUGAGGCAGAUGUCUGAAGACGUCAGAAGUUCACCCGCUGAAGGUAUCUAUGUUUACGGGCUCUACUUAGAUGGUGCCGGUUGGGAUCGCAGAAAUAAUCGUCUACGUGAGUCAUUUAACAAAGUCCUUUAUGUUGAAAUGCCGGUGGUACAUAUAUUUGCAUUGUACAAUAAACCCACUAAGGAUCCAAAGCUUUACCAAUGUCCUGUUUACAAGAAACCCAAGAGAACGUACGUACUGCUGGUGACUGCAUUGUGGUUGCAAACAAUCAAACCACCAGAAUUUUGGAUUUUACGUGGUGUAGCUUUAUUAUGUGAUAACAAAUAA